AAGCAUUCGGCGCGCCCGAUCGAGCGCCGGCACCAGCAUCCUCCACGCACAAGAUGAGCUUGAGCCAUGCUUGCAUGCAUGCAUGCCACGCAUGGUCCGCGACGCAAUCACGAAUCAACAGAACCGUGAAUCAUGCACCAACGGGGCGCGUUCGCGACAAAAGUCCCCGACAACCUCAAGUCAGUACCGGUGACUUGCAUCUCUUCUUCACACUCGCCACGACAACGACAAGGCACGCGAGAUUAUCCCAGAAGAUUCAUCACGGUUGGGGCCCCCCAUUCAAGUCAUGCCACAGCAGGCAAAGACAGCGUACACGCACUGGCUCGCCAAAGCUGAACCGGAUCCACGUAUGGAGAAUGGGGUAGACGUUUCGUUUGGCCUCGACAAGUUCAAGGCUUGCAAGGAUCAGACUACGAGUUGGGAGGGAGUCAGGGCUCCCGAAGCACGAAAUCAUCUGAGAGAUAGGAUGAAGCUCGAUCACAAGGUCUUGUUUUACCAUUCCAAUUGCAAGCUUCCUGGAGUGGCCGCCAUUGCCAGGGUGGUCAAAGAAGGAUAUCCGGACCAUACCGCAUUUGAUCCACAACAUCCAUACUACGAUUCCAAAUCCUCACCCUCCGAUCCAAGAUGGUACAUGGUGGAUGUGAGGCUGGACAAGGCGCUGGAAUACUUUGUGCCCCUCGCAUUGCUGCAACACCUGGCAUCUUCUUCCUUUGACAACAAUGUGGAACAAGGCAGAGAUGUUGCGUAUCUCACAGAGCAACACUUGCAAAGCAUCAAAGACAUGCAAUUGCUAAAUCGAGGCAGGCUGAGCGUUCAGCCCGUCACGGAUGAAGCGUACGAAGCUAUCCUCUUGCUCGGCUCUCGGGGCGGAUGGUCAGAAUGGCCAGGCAAAUGGAAGGCUGCUGCUGCUGCUGCUGCUGCUGCUGCUGCUGCUGGCCCUUCGCGAGCCCCAGUCUCAACAAAGAACGAGGAGACACGUGUUCAGCAAUUCGAGCCGCAUAAGGCGGUGCAGAGAGCCGGAGAUGGCGGCGGGAACAGCAAACGCAAAAUCACAAACGACUUGAACGCUACGGCUGCCAAGCGUGGACGUGCUGCAGCACCACGCGCAGAAUCUCGCACCGAGGGUACACGACGGUCCACAAGGCAACAGUCCAAACGAUAGCGCACAGCAAGCUCAGCAAUCCAAGUCUACUCUUCGUCCAAGACGUCCUUUCAAAGUCUCAAUUGCAAUCUUUCUAUCAAUACAAAACAGAUGCGUGGCCAGAAAUAAGGGGGGAAACAGACAGCUUGAGCCGAAGAUUAUUCUCAUCUCGCGCUCGUGCACCAGCGGCUACUUGGGC